UCCUACAGGAGUCUACACCGUCUGUGUCUGAAGCUGUGCGGCACGGGCCACCAUGGCAGUCACGGCGUUGGCGGUGCGGAUGCAACUUGUGAGGGGCGUGAGGGCUAUGCAAGCCCGAGGCUUCGGCUCCGAUCGGUCAAAUAGCGCCGGCGCAGUCAGGGAGGCCGGUGGGGCCUUCGGAAAAAGAGAGCAGGCUGAAGAGGAACGAUACUUCCGGGCUCGGACUAAAGAACAACUGGCAGCCUUGAAGAAACACCAUGAAGAUGAGAUCACUCAUUAUACAAAGGAGAUUGAGCGUCUGCAGAAAGAAAUAGAGCGGCACAAGCAUACCAUCAAGAAACUAAAAGAUACCGCUGGUGAUUAAAUGCACACCGUUCCCCACAGAAUGGCUAUAUAUUGCCCACUUCUGUGAAGACAGUUCUGGUAAUUAAUAUGUCUGUACUGCCAACAGAUUAUAAUAAAUUGUGAUUAGUGAA